UACAGCUCAUGGGCUAAUCAGGUUCAAAGAACAUGAUAAAAGAAACCCUACUCCUCAUAUAUACCCAGCAGCCUCUCGCUUUUCAGUUUCAAUAAUAUUUCACUCUGAAAUCAAAUUCCUGAUCAACAAAACUUGUACUUCUCAAUUCUCUCAAUAGUCGAGAGAUAAAUCAUCUUUAGCCUUAUGGCGAAUUUGCCCCAGAAAUCCUCCGGCAACGGCAAGUCGGUACCGGAGAAAUCAAACUUUGCUCAGACAUGCAAUCUUUUGAGCCAGUAUAUGAAGGAAAGAGUAAGCUUUGGAGAUCUUAGCCUCGGAAUUAAUGGAAAGCCUGAAUCUAAAGGUCCUGAAGCAUCCAGACCACCAGCAACAACACUGAAUCUCCUGACCAACAUCGAAAAUCCAGCUGAGACUUCAAGACAAAACUCUGUCCCAUCUGCAAAUAUAAAACCCAAGGAAUUUUUCCCACAAUUUGUAGCUUCUGCUUCUCCAAAUCCCACUGAAGAUGACUCCACUGUUAACAAGCCUGCUGAUUUGAGGAAAUCAUCGAAAGCAGAUCCUGGAACUGCCCAGCUGACAAUAUUUUACGCCGGCCAGGUGAUAGUGUAUGAGGAUUUUGCUGCUGAUAAAGCUAAAGAGAUCAUGGCUUUAGCAAGCAAAGGAAGCUCCAGUUCUAAAAAUGGCUGCACUGUUUCCACUUCUGCUGUGGAUAAAUCUAAUAAUUUCACUGAUCCCUCCAAUAACAAUGCUCCACGAGGAAUUCAAUUGCAUCCUCAAGCUAAUGGUUCAGAUCUGCCAAUUGCUAGAAGAGCUUCACUCCAUAGGUUCUUAGAGAAGAGGAAAGAUAGGGUAGCAUCAAAAGCACCAUAUCAAGUAAACAACCCAUCAUCACCUGCUCGUCCUACACCUGAUGAUGAAAGCAAUCCCUUUAUUAUUGAUCUAGAAGCUCAAUCAUCGAAACAGUUUGAUCUUAACUUAUAGUUGAUUUGUUCAAUGAUCAACUUAGGCUAUAUAUUCUAGUGAAUUUUUAAAUUUUCUAACUUUUACAGCUCGUAUAUAUAAUUUUGUAAAGUCACUUCUUGUAUUGAUUAAGUGAAUCAAUAUACUGAAGAUUUGAUUUUAAUUAA